CUGCAUCAACCACUUUUUCUCAUCGAGUAUAAAGGAAGGAAUAAAAAAUACAUUAAUAAAAACCCAAGUUCCUCUUGAUAGUAUAUCAAAUAUGGAAGAAACUUGGAAUAUGUCACAGGAUGGAAAAGGGCUUGAAAGUGCUAAAGUAGAUGAUACCGAAGUUAUUACUGAUACACAGGAAUUUCUGAAUUCACAUGAAGGAACUGAUAUUGAACAUAAUAAGAAAUAUGCAGACCAUGAUGUUGCUACAGAUAAAUAUAAUGAGACAAACAAAAAUGACAUUUUUAUUACCCAUGAAGACAUCAACCGAGAAACAGCAGAAGAGUCAGUAGUGACUACAAAAACUUCUGGAGGUAGAGAAGAUGUGGAUAUUAUCGAUAUGGUGAAGAAGAACAGUAAAGAUGAAGAAACCAGCCAGUCAUAUGACACUGGCAACAUACAGACAGUUAUGGUAAAACUUGAUGGUGAGAAAAUUGAUGACUUAAGUCAGAAAACUGUUCAUAUGUCAGUCAGCAUUGAGAGCAUCAAAAAGAAAAUUGAAGAACAGAAGAAGCACAAUACAAACAGAAAUAAACAUCAAGUGUCAGUUAAGUUUCGUGCUGAAAUUGAUCCAGCAAAGAAUCAGUCUGCAGAACUUGAACUGCGUAAAGAGAUCUCACAAGAUAUGUUUUCUAAGAUGGAAAUACUGGGCCAAUUUAACUUGGGAUUCAUUAUUACACGUCUCGGAUCUGAUCUUUUCAUUAUUGACCAACAUGCAACAGACGAGAAAUAUAAUUUUGAGAUGCUGCAGCUCAAUACUGUACUGCAAAACCAGAGGCUCGUUAA